AUGUCUACUGAAGAACAGAACCAGCAGGAAGUUGCCAUUGAGGUGGUGGAGACCGUCCAAGAGAAGCCAUCUUACGACCCAAAGACCACUGUGUUUGUCGGGAACGUUGCCCACGAGGCAACUGCCGAUGAAUUGGUCGCCGUUUUCAUCAAGGAAUUCGGGACCGUCGAUGUUGAGAUUCCAGAGAAGAAGAGAGGUGACCUUCGUAACAGAUCCUACGCGCCUGCCAGCAAGCACGCGUUCGUUAUCUUCCCACAGGAGAUCGACUUCGACCAGAUCAAGGAGAAGUACGACUUGACUGAGAUCGACGGCAGAGAGAUCCACAUCAAGAAGGUGAAGAGUAACGAAGAGCUUCGUGAGAACUUCCAGAAGAGAAACCAGAGGUUCAACGCUCGUGGUGGGGCCCGUGGUGGUGCUAGAGGUGGCCGUGGUGGCAGACGUGGUGGCAGAGAGAGAGUCCCAUUGGAACAAAUGGAAAGAUCCAAGGACACCCUGUACGUCAACAACAUCCCAUUCACUGCUACGAAGCCAGAGUUGGCCGAAUUCUUCGGUGUUGCCGUCGAAAACGUCGCGUUGCCAAUGAAGAAGUUGAGAGACUUCGAAACGAGAACUUUCGUCGAAUCCGAGGACUUGAACAGAGGUAUUGCCUUCAUCACCUUCGCUGACACCGAUAUCGCAGCCAAGGCCGGUGACUUCAACGGUACCUCCUUCCAGGAGAGACCAUUGACCGUCGACAUCGCUGUCGUCAAGCCAGAACCGGUCGAAGCUCCUCACACGGAAGAAGCUGCCCCUGCCGCUGCCGCCCCAGAAACCUCAACUGACGCUUGA